CCCCGAAAUAGCAGCGAGGACGAAUUAAAGGGCCAGGCUGGCUUUCUCUCGCUCUGCAUCUUACAGUGUGUGUGUCUUGGAUUCUAAGACUCCUCUUCCACACUCCGGCAGCUUCCUGGAGGUGGGUCAGGCCAUUGCAGGGCCCUUCGAAGACGUGGUUGUCUCCUCCCCCACCCCACCCCCCAUCUUUCGGAAAAGCCAUGUCCUGGACCUCCCUCAUUGCGUUCACCCGUGCCAGCGAAUCUAGUGACCUCUGGAAAGAUGGGCAGCAGCAGCCGCAGCCGCAGCCUGAGCAGCCAGAGCCUGCCUUAGAUGGGUCCGCAGCCCGUGCUUUCUACGAAUCCCUGAUUGGGGACAGCACUCCUGAACCCCAGAGAUCGCGGCCGAAGUCUGCCCGGGAGAGAAAGAGGAAGCAAAGAAGAGUGGUGAGAGAGGCUCCAGCACCAGCAGCGGCAGCCUCAGAGGGACAUGAACAAGAGGGAUCUCAUGAGGCAGAGGACAAGAUGACCCAGGGGAUACUGAAGGCAGCUCAGGAGGGGGACCUGGCAGAACUGCGAAGGCUGCUGGAGCCCCGGGAAGCUGGCGGAGCUGGGGGGAAUAUCAACACCCGCGAUGCCUUCUGGUGGACUCCCCUGAUGUGUGCUGCCCGGGCCGGCCAGAGGGCAGCUGUGCGGUACCUCCUGGGCCGAGGGGCUGCUUGGGUGGGGGUCUGCGAGCUGGGGGGCCGGGAUGCUGCUCAACUGGCUGAAGAAGCUGGCUUCCUCGAAGUGGCCCGUAUGGUCAGGGAGAGCCAUGGAGAGACCAGCAGCCCCAAGAACCGGCCCCACCCUCGUGCCCUCCAGUAUUGUGAGAGCUGUGAUGCCCAUUUCCAGGAUGCCAACCACUGCACUUCCACUGCUCACCUGCUGGCGUUGUCCCGAGGACCCUGUCCCCCCAACCUGCCUCCUGGGGUGCCUGCCUCCAGCCCAGGCUUCAAGUUGCUGCUGAGGGGGGGCUGGGAGCCAGGGAGGGGGCUGGGGCCUCGAGGAGAGGGUCGCACCAACCCUAUCCCCACUGUCCUCAAGAGGGACCAGGAAGGACUGGGCUACAGUUCCGCCUCCCAGCCCCGAGUCACACACUUCCGGGCCCUGGAUACCAGGGCGGUGGCUGGGAAGGAACGAGCCCCUCGGAUGACCACACUGAGCCGGAGAGCGGCGAGAAGGCGAGAGGAAAAGGGCAGGGCCUGGGAGCGGGACCUCAGGAUGUACAUGAACCUUGAGUUCUGAUCUCAGAGAGGCCUACUGUGGUCUGCUUCCGGCGUCUGGGCUUCUUCGGUCCUGAGACUUGAGCACUUUGGAUGAGGCCUGCCUGUGUCCGUUGGGAGUGAGGGACAGAGAGUUGGAAAAUAAAUCAACCUUCACUCUUUGA